UCUAACAUUUUCUAGAACCCUUCCAUUAUCAAACAUCUGCUUCUCAAUUUCACCAAUUUCUCUCCUCCAGUUCUCCGUCACAUAUUAUUAUCAAAAUCAGUUCACAACAUUAAGUUAAUUAAGCUAGGCAGGUUGGUAGGUAUCCAUCGACAGAGGAGAGAGAAUUGAUAUAAUGGCGGUAUACAAUUAUAAUAAUAAUAAUAAUAAUAAUAAUAGAAGAAGAUGGAAGAGCUUUGUGGAAGACGAAGAAGAUCGCCCUGAGAAACCACGCAGAUUCGGUGUCACGGAGAUCCGCGGCCCAAACCACACCUCUCUCUUCUCUCACAACUUGCUCCAGGAUAUGCUGGAGUCCAUGGGACAGUUUGUUGAUGGUUUAAAGUUUACAGGAGGAUCCGAAAGUUUGAUACCCAAGUCCUUUAUUAGAGAAGCAACAAAAUUGGCUCAUGAACAUGAUAUCUAUGUUAGUACCGGUGACUGGGCUGAAUAUAUGCUACAAAAAGGCUCAUCUUCUUUUAAAGAAUACAUACAGGAAUGUAAGCAACUGGGAUUUGACACAGUAGAGCUGAACGUGGGAUCACUUGAACUUCCUGAAGAAACUCUGUUGAGAUACAUACGGAUUAUCAAGAGCGAAGGGCUUAAAGCCAAUCCUCAAUUUGCUGUGAAGUUCAACAAGGCAGACAUUCCCCCAGCCCAUGCAAGAGCAUUUGGGGCUUAUGUUGUUCCAGCUCCCCGGACAACUGAACGCGUGGAGGAUGUCGAUCUUUUAAUCAGAAGGGCAGAGAGAUGCUUGGAAGCUGGAGCGGAUAUGAUACAAAUUGAUGCUGAAGAUGUGUGCAGAUAUGCUGAUUCUGUUCGAUCGGACAUCAUAGCGAAGGUGAUUGGGCGGCUUGGCCUCGAAAAGACCAUGUUUGAAGCAUCAAGUUCCAAAACCUCUGAAUGGUUCAUUAAGCAAUAUGGUCCCAAUGUUAAUCUUUUCAUUGAUCAUUCUCAAGUGCUUGACCUGGAGUGUCUUCGAGGGCGUAACCUGGGGAAAAACCACAGAUCAGUUCUGGAUUCUUCAUUUUUCUUCUAGCUCAAACUUUUCUGUAAUAUCGGUUGGUUUAGGCCCUGGACCCCUGGUUAUCUGUACUGCUGAAGUGCUGCUGUAGUUUUGUGAUUAUGCCCGUUGUGUGUAUCAAGUACAAAUGGUUGUAAUAAUGAACAUAGAUUUGUCUUUA